CCGCCCCUAAUUGCCUGGGUUGGAGUCGGGGACCCUUUAACAUCAGAUCGGUUCCCACCCCUCUCCAGGCAAGCUCGUCGCUACAAGGAACCGGCCACGGGCCAGAGUUGUCGACGACUUGGUUUGAAACAGAGCGACCCGGCCCCGGUCAGAUGAUUGGUGCAUUGGCAAGGUUGUUCUUCGGCCCCUAUCGAUACACACAGCAAGCCGAAGCGAUCGUCAACUCGUCUGCUUUUAUAUACCAGAGGGCCCGAGACGGCACCCCAUUCGCAGUUAUCAGCUGGGCUCGGUGGACACGACAUUCCUUCGCAACUUCUGGGAGGAGAACAUAAGGGUUCGCCAUGGGGAGUCCUGCUCGAGCCCAGACGCUCCCACCUCCGCGGAGUGAUCGAAGGGGGCCCGAGAUAUACCUCCAUUUGGAGUUCAGGGUCUCAUGGGGCGGCAAGAAGCAACAGUCUCCCAAGAGCCACCAACUCACCUUCAGGUCCCGCGGCUCGAAGGAGAGGUCGCCCGCAUUCCCCCGCCAGGUUCCGGCACCCAACACCAACUACCUCGCUGACAUCCACGACUUCGAGCAGAGGCAAUCGAGGCUUCGCGAGAUGCGCCAGAACGCCAACCCAAACAGGCACCACCAGAUGCAAGAGUACUACUACCAGGGAAACCAGUCGGGAAAUCAUCUUCAAGUACCCAUACCCAUCAUCCGGGAACCGGAACGGCCAACGAGGGCAGAUGCGCGGCCCUCGUCGCACGAACGGGGCCGAUCAGCCCCGCCACCGUUGGGCGAGAACCCGUGGGACGUCAGCGUCGUCCCCAGUCUCCCGGCCAGGAAUUCGGACAUACCGCCUGCCAACCGGCGGAUGGCGGAGAUCCGGAGGAAACCUUUGCCCGCCCCGCCGUCGCAGUUCCGCCUCGGCGAAGGAGGGCAGCCGUGGUCGGCGUGGUCUCUGCCGGACGGGUACGAUCCGGACACGGCCCCCAAGAACGACGAGGACGCGCGGGGCUACGAGGACCUGCCUGCCGUUGCGCCGCCAGCCGAUCGGAACUCGACGACGUUCGCCACGAACCCGACAAUGGUGUCCACCUUCUCGCCGGGGCCCGCCACGUUACCGGACCCGGAUUCCUCGGCGAGGGAGCUCGGGGCGCUCUCGGCAGCCAUGAUGACGGUCGACAACGGGUUCGAGAGCCAGUGGUGGUACCAGGGCCGGCGGGACACCGUCAUGGGCACCGACGAGGUCCGCGUCGCCGCCCACCACCGCUGGUCGACCGGCCCCAUCUCGGCGACGGCGAGCCCCUUCGACACCCCGCAACUUCCGGCCGGCGUCGUCUCCCCCAUGACCGACGCCGCCUUCAGCCCCGCACAGGUCCCGGCGUCGUUGCUCCAGCGCACCUUGUCGACGAGGUCGGAAGAGCUCUGGUUCCGUGAGAAAACGCAAUAGCGACGAUGAUUCAACCAUUUGGGAGGGGUUGGGAUUUGGGGAGAGGGGGAAUCGUCCAGCCGUCCCCCCCCCCCGUCCGUGUUCAAGCGGACGAUGUUCAAGCAUCAGCCGGGCCUCAUAUGUGCUUGGCUAUUCCAUUUUGUACAAAUACCGCAGGAUAUUUACGACGACAUGUAUCAGCGGGGCUUUUCUUCUUCUGGGUAUUGACGGCGGUUACCGGAGUUUGGGUUUGGCAUGUUUCAACGUGGAGGAUAUCCACAGGAGGAAAAAAAAAAAGCGCAUCAGGUUUCGUACCUAUCUAGUCUUGCCUCGUUUGGGGCAUACAGAAAGGGCGGCUGUUAUUGGCGGCGCCUCAUAUAACUAAAACUAAUUUCAUGAAUGAUACC